AUGGCCAACCAGUCGCGGAAAACGAGUGGCCUAUGCCCCCCAAAUUCUGCGACAUCUCAGAUGUCACAUCUUGAGUUUAAGAAUGGCGAAUCAGUCGUGGAAAUCGAUGGUUUCUGCGACAUGUCAGAUGUCAGAAUGGCCAACCAGUCGCGGAAAACGAGUGGCCUAUGCCCCCCAAAUUCUGCGACAUCUCAGAUGUCACAUCUUGAGUUUAAGAAUGGCGAAUCAGUCGUGGAAAUCGAUGGUUUCUGCGACACGUCAGAUGUCAGAAUGGCCAACCAGUCGCGGAAAACGAGUGGCCUAUGCCCCCCAAAUUCUGCGACAUCUCAGAUGUCACAUCUUGAGUUUAAGAAUGGCGAAUCAGUCGGGGAAAUCGAUGGUUUCUGCGACGCGUCAGAUGUCAGAAUGGCCAAACAGUCGCGGAAAACGAGUGGCCUAGGCCCCCCAAAUUCUGCGACAUCUCAGAUGUCACAUCUUGAGUUUAAUAAUGGCGAAUCAGUCGUGGAAAUCGAUGGUUUCUGCGACGCGUCAGAUGUCAGAAUGGCCAAACAGUCGCGGAAAACGAGUGGCCUAUGCCCCCCAAAUUCUGCAACAUCUCAGAUGUCACAUCUUGAGUUUAAGAAUGGCAAAUCAGUCGUAGAAAUUGAUGGUUUCUGCAACAUGUCAGAUGUCAGAAUGGCCAAACAGUCACGGAAAACGAGUGGCCCAUGCCCCCUAAAUUCUGCAACAUGUCAGUUGUCAUGA